AACUCAAAAGAGGACCCCAACCCCUCUCUCUCUCUCUAAAUAUAUUUCUUCAUAUCCAUCCCCCCCUCCAUUCCCUCUCUUCCACUCCCUCAACUUCCUCUUAUGUUUUUCACACUAACCAUUUUCUCAAAAACCACCAACACCUUUCCAUCAUCAUUUCUCUCAUUCCUCAAACAUGGCAUUGCCUUUUAUUCUUCUUCUCUUCCUCUUUCCCUUUCCCUCUCUCUCAUUGCUUCCCUCAAUUGAAUCCAAGCUCACCCUAGACUACUACAACAAAACAUGCCCUAAGCUCUUUGACAUCAUCAAACAAGUCACCAUAGACAAGCAAACGGCCUCCCCCACCACUGCUGCAGCCACCCUCCGCCUCUUCUUCCACGACUGCAUGCUCGAGGGCUGCGACGCCUCCAUCCUCAUCGCCUCCAAUUUUUUCAAUAAGGGCGAACACGACGCCGAUAUCAACCUUUCCCUCCCCGGGGACGGCUUCGACAUCGUAACCCGUGCCAAGACCGCGCUCGAGCUCGAAUGCCCCGGUAUCGUGUCCUGCGCCGACAUCCUCGCCCUAGUGGCCCGCAACCUCGUUACGAUGGUUGGCGGGCCCCACUACAAAAUCAGGCUAGGGCGGAAAGACGGUUUCAUUUCCCAGGCCACGGCAGUGGAAGGCCACAUUGCAAGGCCAAAUAUGUCAUUACCACAAAUUGUCUCUAUGUUUCAGACCAAAGGGCUUUCAAUACAAGAACUUGUAACAUUGUCUGGUGCACACACCAUUGGUUUCUCUCACUGUGACCAAUUUGCUAAUAGGCUCUUCAAUUUCAGCAAAACAUCACAGUUUGAUCCAACUUACAACCCUAAAUAUGCAAAAGCAUUGCAAAAACUUUGUGCUAAUUACACAAAAGACCCUACAAUAUCAGCUUUUAACGAUGUGAUGACACCAGGGAAAUUCGACAACAUGUACUUCUCUAACUUGCAGAAGGGGUUAGGGUUGUUAGCGUCCGAUCAAGCCCUGUUGACCGAUCCAAGAACGAAGAAGUAUGUGGAUUUGUACGCCGCAGACCAGAAUGCGUUCUUCAAUGAUUUUGCCCAUGUGAUGGAGAAGGUUAGCGUGUAUAAUGUCAAGACGGGGAAAAAGGGAGAGGUGAGGCAUAGAUGUGAUGCUUUCAACAAACUAGAUACUCAUAAUGCAGGCAAAUAUAUGAAGGCAUAGUUUUGGAUGAUCAAAAGGGUUUAGGGUCAAUUUUGUUUUUGGUGACAAUAGGGCCAUGAAAUGGUGAAAAAGGUAGUGAAAUUUCUCAUGUUUCAUGUUGGUUACCAAGACAGGAUAAUAUAUAUGUAGGGUAUGUUUGGAUCAUGGGAAAAAAUCAAAAGAAAAUGGAAUGAAAGAAGUUAAAUUGAUUUCUUUCGUUUCUCUUUAAUUUUUAUUUUUAUUUUUCCCUCUUUUUCUUCAAUAAUGAUGUUUUAGUAAUGUUAUUUUGGCUUGUAUCGUAGACCAAAUGUAUGAUCGUGGAAAUUGUUGUUCACAAUGAUUUUUACAAUUGUUAUGGGUCACUUUUUUUAAAUUCAAUUUUUCUAUGUUAUGUACUGUGUUCAUUUCAUCCAUGUUCUGUCACAUUUUCU